AUGCGGAAACCCCUAUUAUCCAUCGGACUGUCUCAGUUCGGCUUGAGCGUGUUGCAGACUCUAUUCAUGUUCUAUUACGUCAAAGUGUACAUAAAUCAGUUCCAUGUGAACACCGCGUGGUUUAACAUUGCACAAACGCUUUUUAUGUUCUGGAACACGAUAAAUGACCCGAUUUUUGGGUAUUUGCAGGAAAUCCGUGGAUCCUGGCUAAAAAACCGGUUGCUUGUCAUCAAAUGGCUCUCCCCACUACUCGUCGCCUCAUUCGUCUUCAUGUGGAUUCCAUGGGACACCUCGGGCUCAGAUUGGGAGGGAAUUCAUCUGAUUCUGUCGCUUUUCCUCUAUGACGCUUUCUUAGUGCUAUCGGAGUCGCGUGGGGCGCCCUUUUCGCUGAUACCACACGGAAUCAGCCGGCGGUCAGGGUGA